ACCCUUGUCAGCCCAACUCAACACUCUGUUUCAUUAGUUUUACACUAUUUUACAAGUUUUAAUAUUUCAAUUUAUUAGUUUUGUAAAACUUUUACUCCACUCUUAAGUCAUGUCAAACACUUCGAGUCCCAUAAAGAUCGAGGCGUUAUCGCGGUUCUCAUCGCUGCCACUCGUGAACUCCGCCAUAGGGUUGGCCACCGAUGGAUAUUCACGAUUCAAGAGUUACAACAAGUUGUUGUCGGCGACGCUCUCCAAAGCCGAACAGUCCAUCCUCUUCAUGGCGUCAACGGCUAAGCCUAUCGUUCAGAAGCUCGAAAAGCCUAUCUCAUACGCCGAUAACAUCGCCUGUCAAGGACUGGACAAACUCGAAGAAAAAGUACCGGCGCUCAAGAAA